AUGGACAAUAAUUCUGUUCCUCAUUCAGCCCAAGGUGUCGCGACGUAUGUCUUCUGGAGCAUUGUCUCGUACCUAAUUUCACCAUUGAGGAAAUACCCAGGCCCAUUUCUCGCAUCCUAUACCAACUUCUACCGAAUGUAUUAUGCCUAUCGAGGAGAUAUGCACCUCUUGACCAAGAAACUCCACGACAAGUACGGGCCGGUUGUUCGCAUGGGCCCAAAUUAUAUCGACGUCGACUAUCCCUCAUUGAUCAAGACAUGCUUUGACACUCAGGGAGUUUGGAGAAAGACCGAUUGGCACGGAGUCAGUGGGGCAAUGGUUGAAGGCAAGCUCUACUUCAACAUCUUCUCAGAGUGUCGCCCCGAAGAACAUGCUCGGAUUAAGAAGCCAAUUGCAAAGUAUUUCUCUGCUCCUGGCGUCGCGCCGAUGGAGCCACACGUCGACUCUGUGCUCUCGACUCUGUGCCGAGCAAUUGAUGAACGAUUCGCUGGCGACGAGACGUUCGGAAAGACUUUCGACUUUGCUGAAUGGAUGCUUUUCUUUGGAAUGGAUGCGGUCGCCAAGACUACAUGGAGUGAAGCGGUCGGAUAUCUUGAGAAGGGACAUGAUUUCGAUGGCACCCUGAACGUCUCGGACAAGGCCUACGACUAUCUCGUCACAAUCGGCAUGAACCCUAUUUUCGACAAGUUCCUCGACAAGAACCCGAUUAUGCGAAUUGGCCCGCCAUCGUUUGGAACCGUCACUGGAAUUUGCCUUGGACACCUGAUGGCGCGCAUGAAGGGCGAAGACAGCCACGACCCAUCCAAGCCCGACUUCCUGGACCGCUAUCUCGAGGCCCAGCAGCAGCACCCUGAAGUUGUCGACAUUUACCGUAUUCUCUCCUACAUGCUCGUCAAUGUCGCUGCCGGCGCUGACACCACUGCGGCGAGCUUGCGCUCCAUCUUUUACCUCUCGCUGAAGCACCCCGCCGUCUUCCGCCGUCUGAGAGACGAGAUCCUUAAUGCCAACUUUUCGCAGCUGCCAGUCCCCUAUGCCGAGUCCCGACAGCUUCCUUACCUGGAGGCUGUCUCCCGAGAGUGUUUCCGAUACCUGCCCGGUAACUGCUUCGCCCAGGAGCGUUACGUUCCUACUGGAGGUGUGACGCUUCCCGAUGGCUCGGUCGUGCCGGCCGGUACUGCUAUUGGAUUCAAUGCCUAUGUUAUCCACAGAAAUAAGGAGGUCUGGGGUGAGGAUGCUGAAGAGUUCCGGCCCGAGCGCUGGCUGCAAGCCGACGAAGAGGCCGAGGAAGACUACAAGGACCGCAUGAAGCAGUUGAACUACGUGGACCUGUCAUUCGGCGCUGGCUCGCGAAAGUGCAUCGGCAUGAACCUUGGAAAGAUGGAGGUCAGCAAGACGGUUGCCACGCUCAUUACUCUCUUCGAUUUCGAGUUGGAAGACCCGAAGAAGGUAUGGAAAAUCCACAACAGCUUAAUUCCUCGGGCGUCUGAGAUUAUGUUGAAGGUUAAGAGGAGAUCGGGCGCUGCCGAGCGGAUCAGCGAAAUGAUCAGCCAUUUUUAG